AUGGAUGAAGAAGAACUGGAUCACAGACUUAGAACUCUCCCUCCUUCUUAUGGCGUCCAUCACUUCCAUAAAGGCUGGUCUGCUUUGGGUCAAGUCGGUGGAAAAGAGAGGAAAAAUAUGGCUAGAGUGCUAUUGGCUUGCUUAAUUGGCAAAGUUCCAAGAGGCGUCAUUCAGGCAUACCGUGCCCUCCUUGAUUUCAUUUAUCUUGCCCAAUAUCCCACUCAUGAUGACGACACUCUGGAAUAUAUGCAACAGGCCUUACAAGAUUUUCACCUUCACAAGGAAGUCAUCAUUAAUCUGGGUAUCCGAGACCAUCUCAAUAUUCCCAAAUUCCAUUCCUUGCAACACUACCUGGAGAACAUACGCAACUUCGGAACUACAGACAACUAUAACACGGAGAUGUUUGAGAGGUUUCAUAUUGACUUUUGUAAAGAGGGGUGGUACGCUUCCAAUGGAAGAAAUGAAAGGCCUCAAAUGAUCUCUUGGCUAACUAGAAGAGAGAAAAAUCAUUCUUGCAAAGGCUUCAAGAAAGAUCUCAUCACCUAUCUCAACUCUCAGUUGGCUCACUCUCAUUCACGCGGGCAGCUCAGGAACAUGGAUCUUCCUUUUAGUCAUAUUGAUAUCUAUCAUGGAUUCAAAUUCUGUCUAGAGUCAUUAGGCAAUGACGUUGACUUUGAUCAAUUGGAGGAGGCAGAUUUUGUCAAAGCACAGCCACCUGUUUCUCAUAAAGCUGGACGCUUUGAUACAGUUGUAGUCAUGGAUGAUCCUGACUGUGAAAGCACUGGUUUAACAGGAACACGUAUUGGAAGGUUGAAGAUUAUAUUUCGUCUGCCACAACAAGUAUAUGGGUCUAUUCAACCUGCAUGGACUAAAGACCCUUUGGCAUAUGUUGAGUGGUAUACUCCAUUGAAAUCUGCAGCAGAAGACUAUCAUGAGAUGUAUACUGUCAAGAAACCUUUACUUUCUUCAGAUGGUUCAUUGCCAGGUAAAGUUAUUCCACUGUCUUGUAUUAGACAGACAUGUCAGCUUGUUCCGAACUUUGGCACAACAACCAUUCCUAUAGAUUGGACUUCAGAUAAUGUAUUAGAUAAAUGCGAUACCUUCUUACUUAAUUGUUUUACCUCCAAAUAUGCUUACCAAACUUUAUGGUAA